AUGAUUGUAUUUAGUGCUUUGGUAGACAAAGGAUUCCGGUCUUGGAAGCUAAGCAGUAUAUCAGUGCAAUAUCUUCAUCCAUGUAACAACAGACAUUUUCAUGAAAUAACUGCUACUAAUGGAGAGAGACCGCAGAUUCUAACCUCCCGAAAAUUGGAUCAACUUAUGCAUAAUAUUCAAAACAAUUGCUUAGAGAUACAAGAUGGAAAUGAACUAAUACAACAAAUGGUUUAUCAGAGAUGGCCACAUUCAAAACAAACUAAGCCAGGUGCUAACGUUGAUCGGAUUAAUUGUAUAUCUUCUCUUCCACAAUUUCACCUGUUGAAAUCGAGUAAUGAAAUAAUGAAAACUCUGGAACAUGAUCGACCGGAUUUAAAUAAUGGAUUAAGAAAAGACCUGACCUUUAAAUAUCGAAUGUUACAAGGCUAUGGAAAUUUUUUCAGAGCUGGUAUACUAAAUGUGUGGAAGAACUAUUGGAAUUUGAGAAGAACUGCUUACAGAAAGAUAGAUCCGUUAUAUGUUUUUGACAAUGGCUUGGAUAGAAAUGAUACAGCAACAGGAAACCCAAAGGAUAAAAAACUAUUACUUAGAAACAAAACAAUCGAACAGAUAGUAAGUGAACUUGCAACUGCAGUAAGAUGCAAGGAAAAUAUUAUGAAAGAGAAAAUGUGGCUAUUUGAAUCCGAAUCGGAUAGACAUUACAUCCGAUUAAAAAGAAAUAUGAUGCAGCAGAUGCUUAGAAAUAAAUUUGAUGCGCCAAAACUACCGUUUUUUGCAGUGAUACUUGUUCUCCUUGAAGAAUUAUCUGUUGCUGUGUGCUGGCUUUCACCAUACAUUUUACCGACAACAUGUCUCUAUCCUAAGUUUAUGCCACGAUAUUUUGCGAGAUCUAUUAAGGCUCAACGGCGAUUGAAAGAACUUAGGAAAAACAAAUCAUUGAAGGAUAUUGCUUCGGGUAAUCCAUUUUCAAUAGAUACAGAAGAGGCCGUCAUGAUGUGUGAAUUUCUUAUGAUCAACACGAGUUUUAAAUGGGCUAACUGUCUUGAAAAUAAGGAUUUCAUGCGCAGAAGAUUACUUCAAAGAUACAAAGAGAUAGCUUUAGAUAACUAUCUUAUUAUCCGUGAUGGUGGUGUAGAGAAGCUGACAGAUCUCGAACUAUUUAGUACAAAUUUAAGAAGAGGGUUGAUAGAUUUAGAUUUGCUAACUGGAAAAAUUAAAAAAAAACCAAACGGUGAUUACAAGGAGUACUUUGACUUUGAUCAGAUGAGAAACGACCUUAGAACAUUUAUCGUUAAUUUUGAUGAUAGAAGAAAUAAUAUUGGCCUUUUUGGACUUUUUGCUACAACUUCUUGUAUAUAG